AUGUCUGACCAUACACCUGUUCACACUACCGUCGCGGCCGACAGACUAGGCCAGCGACACCACAAACCCCUCGUCGUUGAAGACGGACUCCACAGCCAUCAACGCGACCUUACUUCCUUCAGCCUCAACUGCACUGCCUCUGUCAAAGCUGUUGACAUCCUCACCGCCAUGGCUGUCCCGGUCGAACUCUCCGAUCAUGAAUCGCUUGUCAAAUCGGCUAGCACUUCACUUAACAGCAAGGUUGUUAAUACUCUUCGCUUCUCACUCCGAUCCACCGCUUCGGUAACUUGUUCCCCCAGUUUUACUUAUCCUUGA